CAAUUAUUUUGUAUCCUCCUCUUACAGUUUACAGUGCACCCCUAUCUACUUUCCAAAUUCCAAACCCCCUCCAAAACCCUCACUCAUUUCCAUACUCUCCAAUGGCGAUUUCUUCACUUUCCCUUCCAAAUUUCUCCCCUCAAACCUCCAUUUCGUCCUUCCUGUCCAAAACCCAGUACCCAAAAUUCAAUUUUAAACCCCCAACUUUUCUCCAAUUUAAAAACCAUCAAAAAUUCAUCACAUCAAUUAGAGCAAACAAUGGGUAUCCAAUGCCAUCUGAAGAUGAUCCACCUGAAGCACCUGAAGAUGAUGGUCAUGGUGUUUCCAAAUUCCAACAGAUUCAUCGUCAAGCAGCUAAAGCUAGAAAAUUACAAGAAGAACAGUUUUUGAAAGAUCAAGCUACAUUCUUAUCAGCUAUCGAAGAUGUUGAAGAUGCACCAGAUACUCCAGAGAAGGAGAGUGGUGGUGGUGAUGAUAUAUUCAGUGAGAUUGACAAAGCUAUGUCUUUGAAAAGAAAAGAGUUUGUCAAACAAGGGUUAUUGAAGCCUAAUCCAAAGAAGAAAGAGGGGGGGAGUGUUAAUGGAGAUGAAGUGAUUGAUGAAUUGACAGCUGAGGAAGUUGUAGAUUUGGAUGAGAUACAGGAGCUUCAAGGACUAACUGUGGUUUCAGAGAGCCCCGAGGACGAAAAUGCGGAACUUGAUGAGGUAAAUGGGACUCAUUCUACUAUAGAUAGAUUUGAUCUUGAUUUUGAUAAUUAUGGUAAAACUAAACCUAGGAUAUUAGAACCUAACUUUAAGAUGACUUUAGCUGAAUUACUUGAUGAGAGUAGGGUUGUACCGAUUUCGGUUUACGGGAAUUUAGAGAUUGAGAUUACUGGUGUUGCACAUGAUUCUAGAGAGGUGUGUUCGGGUGAUUUGUUUGUGUGUUGUGUUGGGAUGAAAACGGAUGGGCAUUUGUUUCUGAGUGAGGCUGAUAAAAGAGGAGCCGUUGCAGUUGUUGCUAGUAAAGAGAUUGAUAUAGAUGAGACUUUGGGGUGUAAGGCUUUGGUUAUUGUUGAAGACACGAAUGCAGUUCUUGCUGCAUUGGCAGGUUCUUUCUAUGGAAGCCCGUCGAAGAGAAUGUCUGUGAUUGGUGUUACGGGUACGAAUGGGAAAACAACUACGGCUUACUUGGUAAAAGGCGUGUAUGAAGCAAUGGGUUUGAGAACGGGUAUGUUGAGUACUGUAGCAUAUUAUGUUCACGGGGAUAACAAAUUGGAGUCUCCGAAUACGACUCCUGAUGCAGUUUUGGUCCAGAAAAUGAUGGCUAAGAUGCUUCAUAAUGGGGCUGAGACAGUUGUUAUGGAGGCUUCAUCACAUGGACUGUCGCUUGGAAGGUGUGAUGAGGUUGAUUUUGAUAUCGCAGUGUUCACAAACUUGACUAGGGACCAUAUGGAUUUCCAUCAAACAGAGGAGGAAUAUAGAGAUGCAAAGGCUAAGCUUUUUGCAAAAAUGGUGGACCCAGAUCGGCAUAGGAAGAUUGUGAACAUUGAUGAUCCAAAUGCUCCUUUCUUCAUUGCACAAGGGAACCCGGAAGUACCUGUCAUCACAUUUGCGAUGGAGAAUAAGAGUGCAGAUGUGCAUGUAUUGAAAUUUGAGCUCUCUCUUUUUGAGACUCAGGUUUUGGUUAAUACUCCUCAAGGGAUAUUAGAGAUAUCUUCAGGGUUGCUUGGGAGGCACAAUAUCUACAACAUUCUUGCAGCUGUGUCAGUUGGCAUAGCUGUGGGAGCACCUUUGGAAGACAUUGUUAGAGGGAUUGAAGAAGUUGAUGGCGUACCAGGCAGGUGCGAAUUAAUAGAUGAAGAACAGGCAUUUGGAGUGAUUGUAGACUAUGCCCAUACACCUGAUGCCCUAUCUAGACUCUUGGAUUCUGUAAGGGAGCUUGGGCCACGAAGAAUUAUCACAGUUAUUGGAUGUGGUGGUGAGAGGGACAGAGGGAAGAGACCGAUGAUGGCGAAGAUAGCUACAGAAAAAAGUGAUGUUACUCUGUUGACUUCUGACAACCCAAGGACGGAAGAUCCAUUGGAUAUCUUGGAUGACAUGUUGUCCGGUGUAGGAUGGUCAAUGCAGGAGUAUUUGAAAUAUGGUGAGAACGAUUAUUACCCACCUCUUCCAAAUGGGCAUAGGCUAUUCUUACAUGACAUCAGGCGUGUAGCUGUACGGGCCGCUGUGGCCAUGGGCGAGGAAGGGGAUAUGGUUGUGGUUGCGGGGAAAGGUCAUGAAUCAUUUCAGAUUGAGGGUGAAAAGAAAGAAUUUUUUGAUGAUAGAGAAGAAUGCCGAGAAGCACUGCAGUAUGUCGACGAGCUUCACCAAGCUGGAAUAGACACUAGCGAGUUCCCAUGGCGGUUGCCAGAGAGUCACUGAUUUUUUACGGGGAAGAGAUUGGAAGCCUUAACUCUUUUAUCUUAGGUAGUUAGCGUGCGUGGAGCCAGGCUCGGCCCAAAGGGUAUGCCAAGGUGCAACUGUACAGAGUCUGGCCUGGUAAAACAUCAAUAAGUAUCAAAAGUAUCACAUGUUUUGUUGAGUUUUGUGGUUAGUUUUUAGUUUUUGCUCAAUGUACAAGGGGAUGGUGAUAGUUGGGGUGCCUCUGGGGUGGGGUUGCCUUUUUGUUGAUUUUGGUUUUAUACUGCCUUGGGUUGUGCCCUGUUUCUGAGUGCCUUUUGUAAAGCUUUUGCCUAAUUUGGCUUAUUAAUACUCCCAGAAAUUGAAAAACCUCUAUGCAGGAAACAUGGAGUGGUAAAAAGGUUAUGCCCAUCCCAGAAACAUGAUCUUGUACUAAGUCCAAAACUAUAAGCCAAUUAUAUUACCUAAUUCCGAACUUA